AAAUCACGUGGCGCGACGCCAACGUUUAUCUAAUCUGAUCAACGUUGAUCAGGACCCUGAACAGUUAUAUCUUUCUGCAAUAACAGCCCCUUAAAAAGGCAGAUCUGCCGAAAACAAGCACGAACUCAAAGAUGGAGCCUGAAACCACCCAAAAGGUUGUGGAGAGCACUCCUACUGAGAGCACUCCUGCUGAGCUCCCCGUCGAGUCGGUCCCUGAGGUUGCCGCGGAGAUCAACCAACGCAAGGACACCCCUACUGAGCUUCCUACUGAGCUUCCCGCCGAGCCAAACCCAGUAGUUGCAGCUGAGACUGAGCAAUCCAAGACUGCCGAGACCUCUCCAGAGGCUGUUGUUGACAAGAGCCAGCCCGAGACUCCUCUUUCCAAGCUCUUUGGAGAGCUUCCCAAGAUCAUCGUCGAUGCUGAGCACGGUGAGAUGUGGGGCGUGAAGCUCGAGGACGCCACCAAUGUUCCAACCACCAUCAUCCUUCAAAAGUUCCUCCGUGCAAACAACGAUGAUGUUGCCAAAGCCAAGGCCCAGCUCCUCGAGGCCUUGCAAUGGCGCAAGAAGGUGGACCCUCUGAAGCUCCUUACAGAGGUGGAGCACAACAAGGAGAAGUUCGGAAACCUUGGCUAUGUCACUGUCUACAACGCCACCGGCACCCAGAAGGAAAUCAUCACCUGGAACAUCUACGGAGCAGUAAAGGACAUCAAGGGCACGUUUGACAAUGUUGAGGAGUUCAUCAAAUGGCGCACUGCUCUUAUGGAGCUUUCUAUCAAGGAGCUCGAUCUUGCCUCCGCCACCGAGAAGAUCCCCGACGGCGGCCCUGACCCCUACCGCAUGAUCCAAGUGCACGACUACCUCAACGUCAGCUUCCUCCGAAUGGACCCCAGCGUCCGCGCCGCUUCCAAGGCCGCAAUCCAGACCUUUGCCAUGGCGUACCCAGAGCUGGUCAAGGAGAAGUUCUUUGUCAACGUGCCCUUGGCCAUGGGCUGGGUCUUUGCUGCUCUGAAGCUGUUCCUGAGCGCCGAGACGAUCAAGAAGUUCCACCCUCUGAGCUAUGGAGGAAGUUUGGCUGGAGAGAUUCCCGAGUGUGGAAUCCAGUUGCCAGAGGUUUAUGGAGGAAAGGGAGUGCCCCUGACUGAAGGCGGACUGGUUGUCAAGUACGGCAACGCGGAGGAGCCCCAGCCCGAGUCAAAGUAAACAGUCACAAGGCGCUGAAGGGACACAUGUAACACAACAAAGAUGGCAGACGCUCUCGCGGUAAAAUGAACAUUAAUUUCGCUCUG